AUGGCCAAGAGAAUGAUCAGGGCAGAUGAGGAAUUUGAGCAUGUCCGAAAGCGCGAUGACAUGGACUGGGAUUGCAAGGUUGCAGAUGCUUGGCAUGAGCACAUCUUUGAGGAGAGGAAGGGGAAAACUUGGGAGGAGCGGCAUCAUUUGGACCAGGUACUCAAGGAGGGUCCUCCCCCUGGCUGGAAGCCUUCUUGA